GGGAGCGGGGCGGGCCCGCGGCGGCUGCGGCUGUGGCGGCAGAGGUGGCAGCAGUGGCUGUGGCGGCAGAGGUGGCAGCAGUGGCUGUGGCGGCAGUGGCUGUGGCUGUGGCUGCGGCAGGGCGGGAUGUUCAGCUGGCUGGGGAAGCAGGGCGGCGGGCGGGAGCGCGGCGGCGGCACCGACGUGGUGCAGACAGUGACGGGCGGGCUGCGGGACCUCUACCUCCGCAAGCUGCUGCCGCUGGAGGAGCACUACCGCUUCCAUGAGUUCCACUCGCCCGCCCUGGAGGACGCCGACUUCGAGAACAAGCCCAUGGUGCUGCUGGUGGGGCAGUACAGCACCGGCAAGACCACCUUCAUCCGAUACCUGCUUGAGCAAGACUUUCCAGGCAUGCGGAUUGGUCCAGAGCCCACCACAGAUUCCUUCAUUGCUGUGAUGUAUGGAGAAACAGAAGGAAAUGUUCCUGGAAAUGCCCUAGUUGUUGAUCCUAAGAAGCCAUUCCGGAAACUCGGCCGCUUUGGGAAUGCUUUCCUCAACAGGUUCAUGUGUUCUCAGCUUCCAAAUGAGGUGCUGAAGAGCAUCAGCAUCAUUGACAGCCCUGGAAUUCUCUCUGGAGAGAAGCAGCGCAUCAGCAGAGGCUACGACUUCUGCCAGGUCCUGCAGUGGUUUGCUGAGCGGGUUGACCGCAUCAUCCUCCUUUUCGACGCGCACAAGCUGGACAUAUCCGAUGAGUUUUCAGAGGCCAUAAAGUCGUUCCGGGGCCAGGACGACAAGAUCCGAGUGGUGCUCAACAAGGCAGACCAGGUGGACACGCAGCAGCUGAUGAGGGUCUACGGGGCGCUGAUGUGGUCCCUGGGGAAGGUGAUCGACACGCCCGAGGUGCUGCGCGUCUACAUCGGCUCCUUCUGGGCCCACCCCCUGCGCAACACCGACAACCGGCGGCUCUUCGAGGCCGAGGCGCAGGACCUCUUCAAGGACAUCCAGAGCCUCCCGCAGAAGGCUGCCGUCAGGAAGCUCAAUGAUCUCAUUAAAAGGGCGAGGCUUGCAAAGGUUCAUGCUUAUAUCAUCAGCUAUCUGAAAAAAGAGAUGCCCUCUGUAUUUGGGAAAGAGAACAAGAAGAAGGAACUGAUCAACAAGUUGCCUGAGAUCUACAUCCAGCUGCAAAGGGAACACCAUAUCUCAGCAGGGGACUUCCCUGAAGUCAAGAAAAUGCAGGAGCAGUUGGAGAAUUGCGACUUCACAAAAUUUCAUUCUUUGAAACCAAAGCUAAUUGAAGCUGUGGAUAACAUGCUGGCCAACAAAAUUGCCUCCCUGAUGAACCUGAUCAGGCAGGAAGAGAGCAACAUGCCCACAGAGAUGGUUCAUGGUGGAGCAUUUGACGGCACCAUGGCAGGACCUUUUGGCCAUGGAUAUGGAGAAGGUGCUAAGGAAGGAGCUGAUGAAGAGGAGUGGGUUGUUGCCAAAGAUAAACCUGCUUAUGAUGAGAUUUUCUACACUCUGUCACCAAUCAAUGGCAAAAUAUCUGGGAUUAGUGCAAAGAAGGAGAUGGUGACUUCUAAACUACCCAACAGCGUCUUGGGGAAGAUCUGGAAACUUGCAGACUGUGAUGGCGAUGGGAUGCUGGAUGAUGAGGAGUUUGCAUUAGCAAAGCAUCUCAUCAAGAUUAAACUGGAUGGGUAUGAACUGCCUGGCACACUACCUUCCCACCUGGUGCCUCCAUCUCACAGGAAGCCUUUCCAGACAGCAGAAUGAACAAUGCAGGGAGAAGAAUGAGGAUUUUGAAAAUCCCAGAGGAAAUGUGUUAAAAAUACCAAAAUUUGAAGUUAAGCUUAGAUCCUUAAACCUCACAGCACAUUUCAUGCAAGUCAUAAGCAUGGCAGCAGGGAAACAUUCCUGUCACUGUCCUUGCUGACCUUCACUCAGACAUGCUUAUCACAAGUGCCUUAUAAUAGCUAUGUCAUAAGGUGAAAAUGUUUUUGUAGUCUUGUGUCCAUGUCUCACUGCCUUUACAACCAUAAAGCAGAAAAGACCAUGCAUAAAAGUCGCUGACCUUCACCAAACCUAAAUUACUUACCAACCCUAAGUGUCUCCAAACUAUUCUAAAUAGCACACUGAAGCUCAAAAUGUUAAAUUCACCUGCCUAUGCCAGGAGUAUUUAGAUGCUAAAAAUGCACUUAAGCCAUUGAGUGAAUGUCAGCAUCUCUAUAGUCUAAGAAAAGGCUGAUAUAAAAGGAAAUUAUUUUCUUUCUUUUUAUUAUUUAAUUGGAGUUAGAUAGAAGAGUGAUGAGGAGAGUUUUGUAAGUGCUCAGAAUAUGAGCAAACUUGUUUUAAAACUUCAGAUUCUAUCUAGAACUGCAAAAUACUAGAAUUAUUUUUUUGAUCUGUCAUUGUGUCUUACCUGAAGAACAGCUUCUUCAGUUUUACACAGCACUAUAUAUUCAGUAUUAUUAGAAGAACUGAGAUCUCCUUUGUUCCUUGGAUUUAUACUUUUCUUUGCGGUUUGAGCUUAGUUUCUCUGCAAACAGUGAAUUUCUGAAUGGUUCAAAGUGACAGCAGAGUGGUUUCUUAAACUAAAAAAAGCAUGUUUGCAUUGAAAUUAAGGCUCAUUUUCUGUUCAGAAAAUUUUCUGUUCACCUCAAAGCACAUAAAAUUAUCUCCAGAUAUUUUCAUUGGUAUUUAAUUUCUAUUUACGGCUAAUUAUGCAGUUAUGUCUGUGUAUUUUUAAUAUAUAAUAUAUUUAAGAAAAGUUUUUAACUCUUUUGUCAACAUGCAGCUGACAACCACAAAAGAGAGAUUCAAUUCCCAUGGUGGCAGGUUUGAAAGAUGAGGAGGCUAACAAGAACUGUUACAUUGACUGUAAUAAAUGAUAGGUGCAUUCCUCCAAAUAUUACUCCUUUAUUGAAAACAAUCCAUGAAAGGAAUAAAUAAACAUAAAGGAAUAAAUAAACAUUUAUUUUCCAACAACACACAAUCAAAGUUGAACAUACUAUCUGCUUACAGCUAAUUUUUAUCAGUACCUUUAAAGAGGGCAAGUCUUUGGCCCUGUGAACUUGAGUCUUUCAGGGAGGGCCAGUUCUUUCCUAAAAUUAAAUUUGGCAGUCAGUUCUGGUCUAUUGGUCUAUUCCUGCAUGAGCAGGAGUUGACUUGUAUUCAAUUUGUAAUAGGAAAGACCCUACACAUCAAAGGUACUGUAGUUUUGAGCACUUUUUUGUUAAGUCUCAGUAAGUGGCAGCAGUAAUGUCUUCUGAGACAGAGCAGGCCAAAAUGUGCUUUAACAUUCUUGUAGUAGGGGUGGGGAGGGAAAUGGUUUGGAUAUUGUCUCCCAGUAAAGGUUCUUGUCAUUCUGUGAUCAGUUUUGUGUGUGAUCUAAGAAAAGCCUCAGCUUCUUUUUUCAAAUCAUAUUUGUAGGUUGUCAGGUUUAAUACUUCACAUCUUUCUGGACCUCUCAUCUUUCUGCAUCUGUUCUAUUCUGAGGUGCAAUUUCCAUGAACUUUGUCAGGGCUCUUCCAUGGGAAAACAAUGAUGCUAUUUUAAGUAAUGGCAGAACACCACCUUUACCUUGCCAGGUUUCUGGGCCUGUAUCAAGGAUGUCCUGGCAUAGUUAAAUUGUUCUGAGGACUUGGUUUUUGUAUUUUUUUAAUUCUUAGGUGUUUUUCCUAUCAUUCAAGCAUACCAACUUUAUUUCUGUUAGACCUAAAUUAGGAGCCAGAUUGACCUUAGUGCAUCUCUGUGCACUUAGCAGAGCUGUGAAAUAACACUGAGUCUAUGACUGUACAUCUGCAGAGUAACUGUUUUCUUUGUAAUUUAUUUUUGAUUGAACAAAAGGUAGUCUGUUGCAGGUGUUAAGAAAAAGGCUGCAGAAGUAGUAACGUGUGUUUGUUUGUGGGUAGUGUCUGCAGUCAGUACCACUUUAUACACUACUGACCAGCUUAGUACUAGUGACUAGCUUCAUCAGGAAAGCCACCAGGAGAAGGAAUGCAAGCUUUGCAUUGUGACUACUGUAGUGUAGGCAAAGCUGAGAGGAUCUGCCUUCCCUCACUUUGCAGCAGCACAGGGCUGCAGGGGUGGACUCAUGCUUGGGUUCCCAUCACAUGUAGCUUCCAGGGGUGAUGCUCCAGAUACAUUGGAGCCAUGUGAUCCCAUGCCAUUAGAAUAUCCUCCUUCAGUGAGAAGAGCAGGAUAGUUUCAGUGGUUUUACUUUACUUUUCUAAUUUUGUUGGUAGUAAAAUGGAAAGCACAGCCUUUUCCUCCAUCUCUGUGGCAAUAUGCUAACUUGGUUUUAAGGCAGACAAAUUGAAAUACAUAAUUUUGAUAAGUUAAAAUAUUCUGCCUAGAUGGGAUUGUAGUAUUCGGCUCUGUAUUCCUGUAGAAUUUGGAAGGUGAAUGCAUAAAGCAUGUAUAGGUGUGGAUUUUCUCUGGCUGUCUGGAGAAAUAGAAGUGUUUCAUGGUCAGCAUCCACAGCUACAUAAAUGUAUUUCUGGGUAUAUGGUACAGUGAACUAGCAUCACACUUAGAUGAUAGGAAUAAAGUACAUUUCUUGUGAACUUUGUUGCACAACUAACCUGAUGGAGUAGGUUGCUGUUGCACAGGGGAGGGGAUCUCUUCUCACUACAUCCUCACAGGUCUGUGGGGCUCCCCCAUCUUCCUGCUGGCUGUCUGCAGGCCCUGCAGUUAAACCAGCCACACACAACUGUUUGGAUAAUGUUCUGUGGAGUUAGUGAAUCUGUAUGUUAUGAAAGCAUGAGAAGUGAGAGGAUUGCCUUCUUUCAGGAUUGUGUGCUGUAAGAAGUUACUGCUAACAGCAGUAUGAGGUAAUCUUUGGUGUUCAGUUUGUUACUAAUGUCUGCUGAAGAAAGAUGAUGUUGGAUUCGUUGGACAUUUUAUGCCUAGGAUUUUAAAAUAUUUUCUGCAAGAUUAUUCAAAGCUGUCUGUAAUUAAUCCUGUGACAUCUGUGCCCACUGAUGUAGCCUACUGUCUUGAAGCAGAAACUGCUGCUUUUACCUUUCCUCCAGCUGUUCCACAACACAGUUUAAAUUUGCAAGCUUGGUUCUAGUCCUUCAGAAACUGAGUUUUUGUUAUAGAUUGGAACAGAAAAUGUGGGGCUACCGUUCAUAACCACAAUACAGGACACUGAGAGACUUAAAAGCUGUGACAGCUGGAAAUUGGAGAGUUUACAAAGAUUUUUAAGUCAGGGCGAGGUCCCAGUUGUUAAUUGGGUGUGGUGUGGAUUUGUGUGGAGCCUGAUCUCAAAGCAGCAGGUGUGUGGUCCCUAGCUUUCAGCAUUGUUUAUUGCCAGCACUUGAAAUGCACCAUCUUUUUCUUUCCCUCACUUCAUUCCCUUCACCAUGUGCACUCAUUUUGGUGGCUCUUUAAAUUGCUGGAUCUCAAGCAAGGUGUGAAGUGUAUGGUUUAAUGGAUAUGUGUAACUUAGCACUGAGAGAAUGAUCAUGGACUUCAUUUUUUAUUUCACAUGCUCACCUUUUCUACUAUUUUUGUUAAACACUGUUUUCACUUAAAAGGCACUCUGAUUUUUGAGGAAAGGCUUGAUCUGUGCAGUGUGCUUCAGUUUGUCCAACUAGGCAAACAAAGUUGUAAGUUCAUUAUUGUUGCACUUUCAUUACUCAGUAAAUUCUUUGCAGAUACUGUAAUAUAUUUUAAUAUGCUUUGUAAUCAUUUUUAGAAAGCGGUGAUAAAAAUUGCUGAUUUAAUAAACUAAUAUUGAACUACUGA